AUGUCUCAUGGUUUGGUUACCUCCGAUCUCUUGAGCAAAGCACAACGCCGAGAAGAUGGUGGACGAUGUAAACACUGCAGCAAGCAAUAUGCGUUCAACAUGCUUCAACACUUGGUCGCUGAACAUCAAGUGAAGUUGUGUUCUGCCGAAAUCAUGUAUUCGUGUGACGUUUGCUCAUUCAAAUGCGCUUCCUAUCAACUACUUGAAAAUCAUCUCAGCACAGUGCAUCCAAAAAAUGGUGGCAUGGGGGAAAAUGAUCGAGCUCGAACAAAAUGUUUGCAGAGCAAUGGUGCCGAUGCGGACAAAGAUGAUGAAAUCGUUACCCUUGAC